CGGGCCGGUGCGGUUCUUCUCUGCUUCUGAUCAUAUUACUCUCUACGUUUUUGUUCUAUUUUCGACUUUUGCUUUGAUGGCAAACAUCAAUAUUUGAUAUAUGUAACUGUCACUGGCGUUGGAACCUGCGGUUUGGACAACGGAAAAAGGAAGAUCAGAAUGCAAAGAGGGGCAUAUUCUCGUUAACAGCAAAAAAAACGUUUCAAUAGAGACAGCGGCCAUGUCGUUGUCAUAUGCGACUAGUGCCUCGCCAUCCUCCUCGAUUACUAUGUUCAUGAUAACACCACUGGCACUGAUGAUAAAUUACACGGAAGCUAAUAGCGAUUUUAUUAUUAAUAUAACGAAGAAUAACAAUAAUGAAGAAGAAGAAGAAUAUACACCAUACAGCGACCGGCCAGAGACAUAUGUCGUACCAAUAGUCUUUCUUUUAAUUCUACUAAUCGGUCUCACUGGAAAUGGCGUACUCGCUCUCACAAUCCUUCGUCAUACAAACAUGAGAAAUGUACCUAAUACGUACGUCCUUUCGCUGGCACUUGGAGAUUUACUGGUAAUAAUAACAUGUGUCCCAUUUACUUUUACCGUCUACAUUCUGGAUUCUUGGCCCUUUGGACUAAUAUUAUGCAAAUUUUCUGAGUGCGCAAAGGAUAUAUCUAUUGGAGUAUCCGUUUUCACUCUAACUGCUCUCUCAGCCGACAGAUUUUUCGCUAUCGUGGAUCCUAUGCGAAAAUUGCACGUCACAGGUAGCGGAAGACGAGCAACACGCUUCACCGUGGUUGUUGCAGUGCUGAUUUGGAUUUUGGCCAUAAUAUGCGCGAUUCCGGCUUCUUUCGCGUAUAUUAGGGUCUUCAAGGUUAAUCAGAACGUGAGCUUUUGCGCAUGCUAUCCAUUUCCUGAGGAAUUUGGAACGACCUAUCCAAAAGUGGUAUUGAUAUGUCGUUUCUUCAUCUACUACCUUAUACCUCUCAGUAUUAUUGCUGUCUUCUAUAUGUUAAUGGCCAGACAUCUUAUGCGCAGUACAAGAAAUAUACUCGGUGAAAUGCAAGGCCAGGUGAAGCAAGUACAAGCUCGUAAAAAAGUAGCAAAGAUGGUAAUGGCUUUCGUUAUUGUGUUUGCUGUUUGUUUUUUUCCACAACAUGUUUUCAUGCUGUGGUUUUAUAUUCAUCCAACUGCAGAAAAAGAUUACAACGCCUUCUGGCACUACUUUCGUAUUUUGGGUUUUUGCCUUGCUUUUACUAACAGCUGCAUCAAUCCUAUUGCUCUCUACUGCGUGAGUGGUACUUUCAGAAAGUACUUUGACAGAUACUUGUUGUGCUGCGCCACAAAGAGGAUGCAAAGACGGCAUCGACGAUCGUCAGAUCUAAGUUCGCGCGGGCGAGGACAAAGCUUUUCACUUAUCAGUUCGAGAAAGUACUUGGGCGACUCUCGUCGAGAACAUCGGAGUGUGAUGCGUCUCUCUAUCAUGGCAGGCGAUGUGCGACCCACAACUCCGAUUAAAGAGCAAGAAACUACUAUCACUCUGUCGGCGUAUCCAAACGGCAUUGAUGAGUCGUCAAAAAAUCAACGAAGCUUGGCAGAACCAACCGUGCGCGAUCGAUUAGUUACCUCGUAAAAUAUACAUAUAUAUAAACAUUACACUUCUUACUAUCCAUUAUAUAAAAUAAUUUUUGUGUUAUUUGACAUUGAUUCAACUCAUAUUUUGAUGAGAUCUUUUUAUAAUUCAAGCUUUAAACUAUUCAAUUAUUGAUAUAUUUAAUCAAAACAAUUAAAAGAAAAGAUAGUGAAAUUCUUAUUCACCAAUUGUGCAAAUUAUUAGAUUACUUAAUUAUUAUAUUAAGAUGAUUAUUUCUUAAUUUCUUGCAGUUUGAGACAAUGAAACCACGCCAAUAAAUUUUCAUUUUCUCAACAUUUUUACAAUUAUAUUUAGUCAUGUAUAAAGAA